AUGUCAAGCGCCAAAAACAUUGUUAGCCAUACUGCUCCACCAAAUCCUAAAGAAUUGAUUGGUAGAGAAAGGAAACCAGGAGAUGGGUUCCCACUCCUUAUGAAUCAAUUCUUGGAAGGUAAAAAGAAGUCAGCUCAAAUUCUUCGUCUUUUGAAGUCUCUUGAACGUGACCCGAUUCUUGCUGCAAACUUCAAUGACUACGAAGUCACUAAAGAACAGCAACGUGAACUCACUGCGCUUAGAAUCAACAGAAUGGCGCGUUAUAUUGAAUCUGAAUCUAUUGAAGACUUCAAUAGAAGAUUGAACCUUGUCACUGUUUACGAUCCGCUGACUGGAAUCAGAAUUAGUGUAAACUUGGGGUUAUAUAUCAACUGUAUUAAAGGCAAUGGUACUGAUGAGCAAUACAAAUACUGGUGUAUCGAUAAACAAGCAGGUCAUCUUAAUCAGCUUUAUGGCUGUUUUGGUAUGACUGAAUUGGGGCAUGGAUCAAAUGUUGCUGGAUGUGAAACCACUGCGACUUUUGAUCCUGAAACUGAUGAAUUUAUCAUUGAUACUCCACAUAUUGGGGCUACCAAAUGGUGGAUUGGGGGUGCUGCUCAUUCUGCCACUCACUCUUCUAUUUAUGCUAGACUUGUGGUAAAUGGUAAGGAUUACGGGGUGAAGACUUUUGUAGUUCCCUUGAGAGAUUCCAAUCAUGAGCUUCUUCCAGGUGUCUCUAUUGGUGAUAUUGGUUCUAAAAUGGGUCGAGAAGGUGUCGAUAAUGGCUGGAUUCAAUUCUCCGAUGUAAGAAUUCCAAGAUUCUUCAUGUUACAAAAGUUCUGCAAAGUUUCACGGGAAGGUAAGGUCACCCUUCCUCCUUUAGAACAAUUGUCGUACAUUUCAUUACUUGGAGGUAGAGUUACAAUGGCCACUGACUCCUACCGGGCAGCUGCUCGUUUCACAACCAUAGCUAUUAGAUACGGGGUUGGAAGAAAGCAAUUCCCACCAAACCUUGGACUUGAUGGUGUAGGAGAUGAGGUUCAACUUAUGGAUUAUCCACUUCAUCAGCGUAGAUUGUUCCCAUAUUUGGCACUUGCAUAUGCUAUGGGUUUGGGAACCAAUAGAUUGGAAAAUCAGCACAAUGCAAUCUUAGUUGACUUGGACAAGGCAGUUGCUAAAAAGAAUACAAAUGCUAUCAAAAGUGCUAUCAACGAAACAAAGUCUCUCUUCAUUGAUUCGGGCUCCUUGAAGUCUACCACAACUUGGUUAGCUGCUGACUGCAUCACAGAAUGUAGACAAACUUGUGGUGGACAUGGUUACUCUGCUUAUUCUGGAUUUGGAAAAGCUUAUGACGACUGGGUGGUCCAAUGUACUUGGGAAGGUGAUAACAAUGUUUUGGCUAUGUCUGUUGGUAAAACUCUUAUUCGAAACGUACAAGAAGUGCUUGAUAAGGGCAAAAAAAUUGGAGGUUCUGUUUCUUUCUUGAGUAAUGCCCGUCAAUAUAUCAAUAAUGACUUAAUUUUGAGAGAAGGAGAUCAAGAAAAUCCGGAUAAAAUUCUUCAAGCCUUGGAAGUUUUAAUUGUCAGAAUAUCUAGCAAAGCUCUGGAAGCCUUAAAAUCUUCAGCCACUUGGGAUGAUGUAUCUCCUCAAAGAGUCUUGUUAUCUAAAUUGAGAUGCCACCAUUACCUUCUCCAAAGUUUUAUUGAAAACCUUCGUGAAGCAGCUUCAGAACUUCAGCCAGAUUUAAAUACCUUGAUCCGCUUGUAUGCAAAUACAUUCAUCUUGGAGGCCUUUUCAUCUGAGUUCUUAAUCUAUGGUGUUAUUGAUGCCAAGACAAAGAAUAUUUUGAGUUCCGAAUACAUUCCAAAAUUAUGUUUAGAUUUAAGACCUCGUGCCAUCACAUUGACUGAUUCUUUCCAACAAUCAGACAUGAUUCUCAAUUCAGCAAUUGGAAAAUACAAUGGAGAUAUUUAUGAGAAUUAUUUUAAUGUGGUAAAAGAUCAGAAUCCUCCUAUUAAAACAAAGGCUUUCUACUCUGAAAGUAUGGAGGCAAUGUUGAGUCGACCAUCUUUGGAAGACAGAGACAGACAAGAAAAAACAGAAAGUGCACAAGAAAUUUUAACUGUUCCAUUUCCUAAAAGAGGAGAUGAUGAUGAAGAUGAUGAUGAUGAUGAUGAUGAUGACGAGUAG